GUAUUCGCCUUUUUUAAAAGGAAUCGCCACCGACUGGCGCACGGGAGCCACGGAGAGCAAAGGCAGCACACUCAGCUAUCCAGCAAAAGAGAUCGAGACGCAGGAGUCAUGGCCACCGUCAGCGCCGCCGUGGUGACCACCAUCGUUGCCCGCGCCGCGAUCGCCAGGCCCAAUGCUCUAGGGCUGCCUGCGCUGAGGGCGAGGAGCGAGAGGGUGCGGUGCAGCUACGCCAAGGACGCGGCCCCAGUCAGCACCAAGGGCGCAGGCGCGUCGCUGCUCGCCGCAGCGGGCGCGGUGACCGCGUCGGCGGGGCCCGCGCUGGCGCUCGUGGACGAGCGCAUGUCCACGGAGGGCACCGGGCUGAGCCUCGGGCUCAGCAACAACCUGCUGGGGUGGAUCCUCCUGGGGGUCUUCGGCCUCAUCUGGUCCCUCUACACCAUCUACACCUCUGACCUCGACGAGGACGAGGAGUCCGGUGGCCUCUCGCUCUAGAUCCACCCUCUCCUGUUAAUGAUCUGAAUGUAAACAUGGUGGCGGUCAUCGGUGUAAAUUUAGACAUGGCUAUUUGCAUCUAAGAUCCAUCCUCUCCUGUUAAUAA